AUGUCCUAUUACUUGAAAGAGCUAGGAGAAGAUGAUGAUGAAUAUUCAUAUUCUUCAGAAGAAUAUGGAGAAGAAGAUGAAUACGAGCAAGAAUAUGAUGAUGAUGAACAAGUAGGAGAACCUGAGGAACAAGAACCAAAACCCGGCUCGGCCAUUCAAAUCGUUUCUCUCUCCGAUAAGAAGACUCAACAAAAGAAAAAGUCCAACAACAAGGUUCAACACGUUCUAACGAACAAAAAGAAGGAGGAAAAUGUCGUGAUGGAAAUCACUCAAGAAGAGCUCGAUUAUUAUCAACAAUUGAAACUGUACGGUAUUCAUGGAACUGAUAACAAAAAGAAGAAGAAUGAUACGGAUGGCUUGAGUGAACAAGUUUCAUUCAAAUUAGAUGUGUUACAGUCAUCAAAAAUGUUUUUUGAAUCGAUCAAGCCUUCAGAAGUCAUCAUUUAUUCAGGAAACCCAAAAUAUGAAGAACAAAAGAAAUACAUUUUGCGGCAUCAACAUGAAAUUUCAGUUCAAAAACCAAACGCAUAUCGAAAUACGGACGAAAUGAUUGCAGGUGAAACUGUAGCUCCACCAUUGCAAACUCAAGAAACUACUCACAAGUUUAAAGCUGCUCUUGUAUCUUUAUACCUUUACCAGUAA